AAAUCGUUCUUCAUCAGACGCAGACUGCAUCCGUUGUCAGCCAUGACAACCAUGGCGCUCGCAGCACAGCAGCACCACGAGCGCGCCGAGAUGGCUUCGUAUCUGUACGAAAAGCACCUAAAUCACCAGGAUGGCGUAGCUGGCACGCUGAGCAUCCGCCUGGUGGCAGCUCGCAACCUUCGCGCCGCCGCUUCCAUGUUCUGGGUGCGAACAUGCAACCCGUACGUGAUCUUCCGCGUUGGAAAGCAGAGCGUUCGCAGCGCCACCAUUCCAAGUAACGAUAACCCAACGUGGCGCCGCGAGCUACUCGAGGUGAAGCUGCCCAAGUUGGACCACAAGCGCCACCCUCUGGGCGAGCACUCGGAUGUGAGGAUGGAGCUGAUCGUUGACGCAAUGAACGAAGACUCGCUCACCGGUAAGGCCACAGAGGCCGUGGGUAUGGCCAAUGGGUCUGUAAUCGGCACAGCCGCCGUGGACUUUACGCCGCUUAUUGAGGGCAAGGAAGACGUCAUGGACCAGUGGAUCCCACUCAGUGGUGCGCUUCCCAUGGCUGCCGCUACUGGAGGAGCGACAGCCGUCAAGAAGCAGCAGGCUGAAGCAGAACUGAGCUUGGGUGAGGUUCGUAUCGUGCUGCAGUACGAGCCGCACGGCAUGGAGCCGCGUGUGGGUGACGUGGUGAAGUUCGAAGGUUUAGGCUCCUACCCGUCAGCGGUGCUCGGUCCCGUGGAAGAAUUAGAGCUACAUGUGAAGAAGACGAGCGGCAGUUAUUUGCUGUGCAGCUACACGACUCAGUCUGGCUAUGAAGCUACGUUACGCGUGCAUCGCAACAACGUCUUCGUUGCACAUCGCGGCAGCUUUUUCGACCGCUUCUACGAGUCGUUCGUCGUCGAGCCACUGGAGUUCGUAGGUAGCACACCCAUCGGCCAGUCUGCCAAGGAAGUGCUGCGUCCGUAUAUGAAUGUGGCUCGUGCAUUCAGCGGCCCAGCCCUGGUGGCGACGAAAGCUACACUCAUGACGACGUACCGUGCGUCUACGGCAGCUAUCGGUGCGGUGGUGGCAUCUCUCGACGAGUAGAACCCGUGACAUAUGUAGCUCAGAGAGGCAAGAAAUAGGCAAGGCACAGUAAUGAGUCAAUGAUAAGUAUGAAUGAGCCUGCAUUUGAUCAAGCAA